UCAGUUUCACUUCUCCUGUGGGAGUUAUUGCACAAACCAGCUGAGAGCAGCCGCUCUUGGUGCUUUUCUCGAUAACAUCAAUGAAGAUCUUAAAGACAUGAAGCCACUUCCUCUGUCAUCGCGCAGAGCCGCUGAUAAAUGUGGAGCUGACAGUCCCCUGUCACACAGCGAUGAGGCAGCAUGCUGCGAGGACCCCCGUGCAUCGCCACCGCCCUCUACCUCCUGCUGAUUACAGAUCUUGUCCCAGCGUCAUCAGUCCUCGCCGGCGGCACGGUGACCCUGCAUUGCCAGGAGGGCAGCAAUAGAACUUUAAAUAGAGAUGACAUAAUACAAAUUAAUUGGAGAAAAGAAAAUGAUGUGCAGCAUCUGAUACAUGCUUUCACUAAGACAUUGAAUGCAACCGCAUCAAACCUCACAGACGGCAGAAUCUCCUUCCUGAGCCCCGAGCAGCCGCUCACACUCCGGAUAACAGACGCUCAGCCGAGUGACUCUGGGAAUUACACUUGUGCUAUAACAACAACAGAAGGACUCAUUACCAACUCAUGGAUGCUUCAUGUAUCAGAGGUCACUACUCCCUCUGCAGCGAUAUAUGUUUCCAGUUCGGUAGCUGGAGUUGCUGUUCUGCUAAUGAUCAUAUUUGGGAUCAUAUAUUACAUCACACGGUCCACGUCCAGCAAAACCCCGUGUCAGAUUCAUCAAACCAUCCAGGAAACUAACCAGGUGGAAGAGCCGGUGUACGACAACCCCGUAGAAAAUUACGCUCUUCGCUUUAACACUCUGUACGAUAGUAUGCCGGCGCCCCAGGUGAGGUGAAGCCAGAACAUCAUUUGGUGACCGCCAUCGGUGACUCUCCUUUACUAGUGCUAAACCUGCCUCCAUGGAUGGGGAAACCAGGAUCGUGUUCCUGGGCCUGGAUAAUAUCAACCACCAACAAAGGAGCGGUUAUCAUGUCAGACUGUUGGGUGGACGUUUGGUGUCUCCGAAGCCGCAGAGGACAAUUUGUAUUUGAAGACUAUAUUUAUUUCUCCUAUUACAGGACAUGCCUAAAGCACUUCUGAUCUAUAAACGUAGGUCAGUAUUUAUCAAUCGAUGAGAAAUCUCUCUCCUGUAUACGGUUUGCAGCUGACAUCCUGAAAACGCCACAACAUAAACAGUCCCCACCCGUCAGGCCUGGAAUGUUCACCAACAAAGCCUACAGUAUGUUCAGCUGCCAAUGUCAUUGUUGGGCCUUUGGUUUGCAAGUGGAGCAAUCAUCUGUGUGCUGUUCAGUUGUCUUCUGCCAGUCUCCAUGCGUAAUGGCGGCCCAAUGACUCACGAGAUCUAUAUCCCGCUUUCUGGGGUCUACGCUAUAUUCUCAUUGGCUGUUGUCUGAAGAAUGGACAUAGGAGUAACUAUGCACAUGGCAGAAGCCGGAAUAAGGGUGCACUGAUUGCUAGUAGCAAACCAAGUGGGCGCGAGCGAACCGCAAGCCAGUAUAGCCCAGUAUAUAGGGGAGAGGAUACUCAUUUUACCCCUGUGUGCGCAGAUUUGGAGCAACCUGCGCCUGAUUUAUUCCCAAUGCUACGUUAGGCCCUAUGUGCAGAAACUGCAGUUGGUGCUGACCGGCCGACGUCCCCCGCCGACACUGCGCACUGAUGGUCUCACCUGAAAAUAUUGUAUCAGUGAUUUUUAUUCGCUGAUGAUAAAGCAUUAAAGAGAUUUUCCACUGUCAGUGCCGCUGUAGUGCAUCUGCUCCCUUCCAAAUACUUGUCCCCUUCCCCUGCGACCCCACCCAUAACUGAGUCCUCUUAUCUUCAGUGCUUCAAUGCUUUGGACCUCUCUAAUCGGGGGCCAUAGAGGCGUCAUGUUCUCCCCUCCUCUAGAGACCACAGCAGCACAGAGGUGAUCAGCAGAUGUCCAGGCUGUAUGUGAGCCCACACCCUUAUAAAUACAGCAUAUGCUUAGUACAUUGUAAAUGUAACGGCAAAGUAAUAUUACUGGGAAAGGAAAGGGGAUUAUUACAGGGGUUAAUGAAACAAGACCAUAUGAUAUGUGAGACCCCAACAAGGCUUAGUACAUCUGCCCCAGAUACUGCUCCCUGUAUAGUACAUAUAUAACAGCAGGUUAUGAUCAUGUCUUUCUAGCACUGUAAACUCUGGGCGCAACAGAAAAUGAUGACCCCCUGUUACACAAAGAUGGAUUGGGGUGAUUUCUGAUCAAUAGCUGGAGAACCUCCCUACCAGCUGCCGAUGUGUGAGAUCGAUGAAUAAUUUAUAUCAAUAACUGUGACAGUAAUAAAUAUAUAUAGUAAUUCAUAGGGGUGAUAUUUUGUAUUAUUGUACUAUAAAGUGUAAUUAUUGUAAAGUAAUUAAUAAAUCUGAUAACCAAACAGAAUAAGAAAUUAUUUUUAAUUUAUACAGAAACAUAAGCAGAAAUGUAUAUGAAUUAUAAAUAAGCAUCUUAUACAUACACAGUUAUAUAAUAGACAUUGUUUACAAACUUUUAUUUUGAAUGUGUUUGAUGUACAGCUGAGCAAUAGAAAAUUAUACAUUUAUCCACUGUAAUAAACAUCUU